AAGGUUUCAUCGUUUGUGAGAUUGUGCGACCCAACGGAUGUAUUUGUGUUUAAGUGCGCAUAGGGGGCGCCUUUUCGCCCUUAAAUUGAACACAAGCCCAGCGUUGUCUUAAAUUUAAUCGAGCUGGAGCAUGCUCUUGUAGAGCCAGUAUUAAUGAAUACAUUCGCGCGCACAUACGAUUAGGCUGUCUUUUGUCAUGCGGCGAGGAGAACACGAAUCAGUCUUCACCGACAAGGAUACGGCGACGUUGCAUCUGUUACAGCUGAGCACCAGCUGUUUGUAGAUGCAGAUAACAUUGCAUUUUGACGCAGUCUCGUUCAUUUGCCGACGUCUCUCAAAGACGAAUGCGACGGAUAUGAAUCAACUGCAAUUGUCAAUGACUCUGCUAGUCGGGCAAAUUACGAUGCGAGAAGGAUAAAUAAAUAUGGCGGCUGAUUUGUGAUAUUAUAAACAGAAUUAAAAAAAAGAAUAGCCUCGACCUCAUCAGCAUUACCUAUAUCGUGGUUAAAAUGGAGUUGGGGUUUCCUGAGUAGAAAGAGCGCACGCAACGUGAUCAUGGGGUAUAAGAUCACCGGAGCGGGCAUGGACCGCGUGAGCCAGCUGUGGCGGCUCCGGCGUCGCGCCCGCCGAGGGGCGCUGUGCAUGGCGCUCUUCUGCAUGAGCAUGGCCGUGCUCUACACGCUCUGCGCCGAGAACAGUGUGCCCGUCACGGACGCCAUCUUUGGGGAGCGGGCCAGGACCCGCGCUCAGCCAAGAGCACACUCUCUUGUCAAGGUGUUGCGAAGUGGCGGGUCAAAGCCCAUCUACGUUGACCCACAAAAGCUCCCCGGGGUGGUCCCUGGUGACCCGCGCCGGCCCAUUCCCGUACUCUCCUCCGUCAACCACUCCUUGGAGACGGACCACCACCAGGAGGUUCGCCCGAAGCCCAGGGACCGCAAGCCCCACGGCGGCUUCUUCUCCUGGCUGCCACGGCCGUUCACCCGCGCCAUCGAGACCUUCUUUGGAGGCCGGCGCAAGGGGGAGCUGAGCGGCUCCUGGUCGGACAAGGAGUUCUUCGGGCCAAACGGCACCCUGGGAGAAGUGUGGGACGACGAGAUGUCGAGCACCAUGCUGGGGAAGAGGCUGAGGAAGGUGGUGCAAAACUAUCAGGCGAUGAACAAGUACGGGGUGCAGUUCCAAGACGCAGGAGCCGGGGGGCGCCACCCCAAGCGCUCCGGCCCCGAGCUGCUCUGCCAGAUGAAGGAGAGCGUCUCCAUCAACACCCUGACCCCAGAGAUGGAGCCCUUCGCCCACUUCCCCUGGGCCGCCCAGCUGCCCCCCCGACCCCUGAGCGUGGACAUCGGGCCGUUCAAGACCUGCGCUGUGGUGUCGUCGGCAGGAUCCAUGAAGAACUCUGGAUUAGGCAAAGAGAUAGAUGCCCAUGAUGCUGUAGUGCGGUUCAAUGCCGCCCCCACAACUGGCUUUGAGAAAGACGUGGGCUCCAAAACAACGAUUCGCCUCAUUAACUCCCAGGUGAUGGCGUCAGAGGACCAUCGGUUUCUGUCCAGUUCCCUGUACAGCACUGGCAUCUUAGUGGGCUGGGACCCUGCCCCCUACUCCUCAGACCUGAGCGAAUGGUACAACAAGACAGAUUAUCCCAUCUUCCUGCAAUACCAGCGGUACCGUCGUCUCCACCCACAGCAACCCUUCUACAUCUUGCACCCGCGGGUGGAGUGGCAGCUGUGGAAUCGGAUCCAGGAGAACAUGGCAGAACCCAUCCAGAAGAACCCUCCUUCCUCUGGCCUAUUAGGCACAGUGCUGAUGAUGUCGUUGUGUGAGGUGGUGCACGUGUACGAGUUCCUGCCGUCUCGCCGCAAGACCGAGCUGUGCCACUACUACCAGCGCUUCAUCGACGCGGCGUGCACGCUCGGGGCCUACCACCCCUUGCUCUACGAGAAGAACCUGGUCAAGAGGAUGAACCAGGGGUCCGACCGGGACAUCUACACCCAUGGACGGGUCACUCUGCCAGGUUUCAGCACUUUCAACUGUACCCAUGGCCUCCCGGCUGCCCUGCGCUGAAAAACAAAUUAAGGAAUGAAGAAGCCCCCCCCCCCUAAACAAAAAGACCCACCAUCAACACUGACCACAACGCCAAAAAAAUUGCUUUGACACUUAGUUUAGCAAGUCACUUCAUUGAAGACGCAACAGACUGAACAACACUGCCUGAUAACACGACCAUGUACCAUGAAUAUGCAAAAGCAUGUGUAAACCACUAGGAGGUGCUCUAGUCUAGUCUGUUGAUCUCCUACUGACACGUUUUACGCCACACAUGGUCAGAGACCUUGUGAGAUAGCUUUACAGGUCCCCUGGCAGUGCAAACCAGCGUUAUGUUUGGUGAAGUGUGGCAUUUCUCUGUACGGCCCCUAACAAGUCACAUGUACAGCAUCUGUGACAAUCUCACAUCCACCGGCGAAUGGAUAAUGCUCUAGCUAUGAGGUCACCAAUUUUGCUCAAUAUGUAUGAAAAGCAGUGGGAGUUGACACUGCCAUGUCUAAAAAGUAUCACAGUAACAAUGAACACAUACCUUUACCCCUCUAAAUCCAAAAUAAGCAUGUUUGUGUUUACAGUUUACAGACAGCAUGUCAUAUUGCAACUUUACACUCUGAACGAAGGAUACAUUUUGUUUUCAUUUUGGUUGUGCUCUGAGCAUACGCAUUUUUGAAUGUGCACUUUCAUAGUAUAGGCACUGAAUUUCUGUGCUGUAGGCAUGUAAAUACUCUCACAUCAGUGAUGUGAAUCCAGUUCGUGUCACCUUCUAUUAUGCACAGUGGAGCUAUACAGUAUGUGGCAGAAACUGCUGCCCGUCUGAACUUGCUGUUUCCUGCAGCUGCUACCAAUCUUACUGCACUGUGUGACCUAUGUGUGCCAAAUAAAUUCACUAUCAGUGGAGCUUGUUCUCCAUAUCUACUGAGACCUACUGGAACACCUUCCAGCAAGGCGUUUUUGCUUAAAACGUUGUUGAUCAACUACCAUAGUGACAAGGUAGAGAGACACAGUUACUAUGGUAGUUUCUCAACAAUGUUUUAGGUGGAACAAGGGCCAGAAUGGUACUUUUUUAUGCAUAUUUACUUAUUUGCCUACUAUGCUAGAUAUUGGUAGCGCUAAGGGGGGUAUAAAACAGGUCUUAUUUGAUGUAGUAUCUAAUGUUUUCUACAGGGUAACCAAUGCAAUAUUUGCUACAUGCUUAGGUCCAUGUAGAGAUCGUUUGGAAGAGUGUGUACAUUUUAUGCUGUGAAAAUGCUUCGAUCUUUGUUCAAAAGCUUCAAUCUUCAUUGUUUCCCCUCCUGAUUAUCAGAUUUAUUUCUCUUCCUCUUAUUGCAUUGACCAUCACCUACCGUAGUUAUUUAUAUAUCAAGAAACAUUUUUUUUGUUUGUUAUUAAGGAAUGUAGAAUGAUGAGUCAAAUUUGGACUAUUUUUGAUUCUCUGUUCAGGUAGCUGACAUACAGUGUGUAGCCAUUGUCGAUACCAGCGAACUGUCAAGCUAAGAGUCUGUACCGAUAGUAAUAGUAGGGAGGACGGAAGGCUAAGUUAGCGAUUAGCAGUUAGUUGAAUGCCUAUGGCACUUCUAGGAGCAUUGGGGAGAGAGAGAAACAUUUCUGAACACUACGUGAAUGUUCAGAAAUGUUUUGAUUCUGCAGUCAUAAUGAAAACAGCCUAGACUGCUGAUCUUUAAAGUUCCUCGGAGCUAUACAAUUCUGCUUGUCUAGCAUUACUAAAAGAGAUAGGGCACUCAUUUAGGUCAGUUUUGUGCUUUGAGACACAUCCAAACACUAUGUAAGGGAUAAUGGAAAGCCUGCAAGCCAUUCUUGAACGAUAAUUUCCUCAAGUAUUGGCAUUUUCAACAACUUCAAAACCUUUACACACAGCAGAUAUGAAAGAUGUGACUCAGAAUAUGUGCAAUGAAAAUAAAAUGAAAACAGAAAUAUCAACCCUCUGAAUAGUCUGGCUAUCACCAUGCUCAAUCUUUUAAGAUUGAACAUUAGUUUGGGGAGGCUGCGCUUUGUUUCUACUGCACAAGAGGCGUGAUCAAUGGGCAUCGUUCAAAUGAGUCUGUACGCGGAUAGUCUUUCAACCAAUCAGACCAACAAUUCGGGUGCGUCUUUUUUAUGCUAGUUUCUGAUUGGAGCCAAAGGUUCGGGCAGAAACAGGGGAGGGAGACGUGCAGGUUUCCAGCCUGAGCUGCCGGGCGAAAUCCAAAUUCGCCGGAAGUUCAGGCAGGGUUCACCCAGCCUAUGAAUGCUCCAUUGACUGCAAUAAAAUACUUAAUCAGAAUCCAAAUGUAAUCUUGAGGGCCAUAAUGAUAAUGAAAAGCACAUAGACAUUUGUAUGCUAUAGAUGUCUUUGUACAUGGCCUUAAGUAGCAUCAUUGUGACUAUAAUACAGAAUUCAUCAUAUUCCCAUCCUUGGGAUUUUGUAAAUUACUGCACUUGGCUCCUAACACUAACUCUACGUACUGUAGCAUGCACCAUGUACAGUUAAAUGUAUUAUAUAUGUAUUGUAGGCGACAGCUGAGCAUGCCACACACCACAGUAGACAGUGUGCUCUCUUUUCUUCAUACUGAGAACACUAUGCAACAGAGGUCAAGUUUAAGUGCGUGCAGUUUA